GGUCGAAACGCCAAAGCAUGAUUUCGAUAGCGGCCUCUCUUUCUUCCCCAUAAUUUCUCUCUCUUUUUUUCUUUUUCACCUUCCUUUUCCUAUCUCCAUUUCUUUUCUUUUGAGUUUUCAAGUACUUCCAAGAAAAUCCAAACAAAUAGAAAAGAAAGUUUUUGGAUUUAAAGACCAGCGAUUUCUGAGCCGAAGACACAGAUGAAUGACCAGAUUAUCGGUUGUCUUUCAUUGGUUGUGAAAAGAGCGCAGCAUCCAUGAGGGAUCGUAGGAAGCACGACGUCGUUUCAUGGAGCAGGUUCUUCUGGUUCACUGCCGUCGUCGUCGUCUCUUGCGUUCUCUUAACUGGCUUCUCCUUCUCCACCUUUCGACUUUUUUUUGGAGAAACGUUUCAUCCUGUGUUGGGGUCCACGCGCCAAACCUCAACCAUUAACGCCGUCGUCUCCAACGAAUUUCCGGUAGUUCCGGUACUUUCAAUUCGUGAAACCAUUUUGUUUCCAGAUCAAGUGAUACUUUUCCUAGAAUGCCCUCCACGGGCUCGUUUAUUUACCAAAGAAGAACUCCUUUGCAUUUACCUCUCGGCCGAUAAUAACUCAUCCGAGACGCGGCUUAAGAAGCCGCCAGCUCGUGUUGAUUCCCGUCAGGUCGGUGAGCAGAUCGUAUGGUGUCCCGGUUGUCCACGUGGGUUGAUCGUAACGGUUGCCUCAAAGUCAAAUGGGGUCAUCCCAGCUGGGCCCAGUCAUCGGUGGGGCACUCUUGCUUACGAGGCUUUGAUUGAUAAGGAUAAUACUACACUCCUUUUUGUCAAGGGGCUUAAUCUACGUCCAGAAAGAGUUUCCAAUGCAUCAAGAUUUGAGUGCGUGUACGGCUGGGAUUUUAGCAGGUUGAAUUUAGUGUUAAGAUCAGAAGUUUUAUCAAUUGCUCAGGAGAUCGUACGGUGCAAAACCCCUUUGAGCGUUUUGAAUGGGCAACAAAAAGUCAAUGGCCCUGUCAAGGUUUCAAUUAGGAUCAAGGGCAAUGGAUUACUACCUUCCGUAGCCCGAUUGGGGCACUUGGUAGGUCCGGGUCUACAGCCGGUGCCCACCCGAAAACCACACGAAAUGUGCAUUUGCACUAUGGCACGUAACCAAGCAAGGUUUUUGAAGGAAUGGGUUAUGUACCAUGCCCAAAUCGGGGUACAACGUUGGUACAUAUACGAUAACAACAGCGACGAUGACACAGAUAGUGUCAUCGAGUCGUUAUCCGAUGCCAACUAUAACAUUUCUCGACACAUCUGGCCUUGGAUCAAGACACAAGAAGCAGGGUUUGCCCAUUGUGCCUUGAGAUCUAGAAGUUCUUGUGAUUGGGUUGGAUUUAUUGAUGUGGAUGAGUUUUUCCACUUGCCAUCGGGGUUAACGUUGCAAGCUGUUCUUAGGAAUUUAAGCUCGAGAGCACCUAGUUUGGAUACCGAAGCAGCGCAUAUUCCUAUUGGUGAAUUGCGUGUCUCGUGUUAUAGUUUCGGACCGUCGGGGCUCAGACACGUGCCUCGACAAGGUGUGAUGGUGGGGUACACAUGUCGGAUGACGGCCCCAGAGAGGCACAAGAGUAUAGUUAGGCCAGAGGCAUUGAAUUCCACGUUAAUCAACGUAGUGCACCAUUUUCAUUUGAUGCAUGGUUUUAGGUUUCUAGAUGUUGAUAAAACGAUGAUGGUUGUGAAUCAUUACAAGUACCAAGUUUGGGAAGUGUUCAAGGAGAAGUUUUAUAGGAGGGUAGCUACGUACGUUGCCGAUUGGAAAGAUGAGCAGAACGUAGGGUCCAAAGAUCGAGCCCCCGGGCUGGGGACGAAAGCUGUUGAACCUGUUGAUUGGUCGAGUCGGUUCUGUGAGGUCCUGGACACUGGGCUUAGAGAUAGGGUUUUGCAAAACUUUGUCAACCCAAAAACUUUCCUUCUGCCAUGGCAGGAUGCAAAUGAUGGAAAACAGAGUUUAGUUUGAUAAAAGAAAAGAAGAGUAGACAGCGCAGGAGAAGGCACAGAGUGGACACUAUAAGGUCUUGUUUUCUUUUCAUCAUUCCAAUUAUGAUGAGAAAAUUGAUGUAGAAAGUGGAUUAAUUCGUUUCUUUUCUGUAAAUAAAAAUUUUCUUCUCGUUAGAUUUUUGUUUCUUUAUGAUC